AUGAGUCAGUCGCCAAUCACUCAAGUUAGUCCUGAGAAUGACCUUGGUAUGCCGCAAGGCAUAAUAACACAGGCUUCGGAGUCGAAAUUUAUCGGAACGAAAACAGAAGCCAAAAACAUUUCCAUCUCAACAAGCAAUACGUCCACUACACUCGCAAAUGUAGAAUCUUCGUUACCGGCAAGUCAAAAAUCCCCUAAUAAUACAGCAACGCAACGUUCACCACCACGUUCAUUUUUCUCGUUGUUUUUUUGUUGUACAUGGGGAGCUGGCGCGAUGAUAAACGAUGUUGACAGGGCUGAUAAUACUACCACUGCUCCUACUUCUAGUACUCCAUCUGGGACUGUGAGUAAUAAAAACAUUAAUAAAAAGCCAACAACUUCAAACACGACAGAACCAGAAAAAUCUGCUGAAAAUAAUUCUCCGGUGAUUCCCGAACCAAUCACGGAAGUUCAUAUUGAAGAGGUCGAACGUAAGUGGUUGCUUGACCCAAUAGGAUCUGAACAUACUGGCAGAAAAUGUCUAGUAUUAGAUUUGGAUGAAACCUUAGUACAUAGUUCUUUUAAGAUGAUCCAUCAAGCUGAUUUUGUUGUACCGGUUGAAAUUGAAAAUCAAAUACACAAUGUCUAUGUGAUAAAACGUCCUGGAGUUGAUCAAUUUUUGAAAAAAAUGGGGGAGAUAUAUGAGAUUGUAGUAUUUACCGCUAGUUUGUCAAAGUAUGCCGACCCUGUCCUUGACAUGUUAGAUAUACAUAAGGUGGUUAAACAUCGGUUAUUUAGAGAAUCAUGUUUUAAUCAUAAAGGAAAUUAUGUAAAAGAUCUAUCACAACUUGGUCGUGAACUUAGAGAUACUAUCAUCAUUGAUAAUUCACCCGCAAGUUAUAUCUUUCAUCAAAAUAAUGCUGUUCCUAUAUCGUCAUGGUUUAAUGACCCACACGAUACGGAAUUAUUGGAUUUAAUACCAUUUUUGGAAGAUUUAACAACGGUGGACGAUGUAAUGAUGGUGCUGGACUCUUACAAUGAAGCGCACUAG